AUAAAACGACGUAAUUAAUAUUACUUGCCAGUCAGUCAAGUUUUGGUAUGAAAAUCAAGCAUCCAGAUAUCAAUAUACAAUAAACAAGCAUGAGAUUCGCCGUAGUACUAUGCUUUUUGGCUACACUGUCUGGUUACACUUUUGGCUACAUCAUUAAUGCUAAUCCUGCAUCAAUCAAUUUGGAAAAUUUGAGGAUUCGAGUAAGAAAUGCAAAAAACGACGUAAAUGAUGUCAUACGUCAACUCGAUCUUCUUCGUGACAAUGCUGAGGAGGAUACUUUCACAGAAGUCACGGAAAAAUGGGAUGAAGAACAGAAAAGUUUUAGAGAAUAUAAAAAUCUAUUACUUAAAGAAAUCAAGAAAGUAGAAAACACUGCUAAGGAAACAGGCAAGGAAAUAAAUCCCUCAUGCCUCGAAGACGCUAAUGAAGGCAUCAAAAAAUUUGAAGAUGAAGCAUAUGAAGAUGCUUCAGAAUGCAUUGAUAAUGCUGAAAAUUCGAUUCAGAGCAAUCUCGGCUUUAUAAAUAAUCUUAUUUUGACUGGAAAUGAACUGUUAUCAGAAUUGGACAGUAUCUUUUUAUCCUGCCACGAUUACGAUGAAAUAAAAAUGCAGAGUUGCAUUAUAAGUGAUUUGGCAAAAAUAAAUGGUGACAUAAAGAAUUUAAGGAGAGAGACCACUUCCGCUGAAAUUACUAUCGUGUCCGUGUCCAAAAAUGUUGUUCUACAAGCCACAAAAUGCCUGCACAAGAUUUAUUCAUCUGUACAUUCGGCGGGUGAGCAGAUUAAGUUGAAUCUUAACCAGUGCAGUGAAAAAAUCCAGACAACUACAACUCCAACUACGUCCGCUUCGACAGAAGUCACUUCGCCACCAGGAAAUUUUUAAGAGAUAAUUGUAUUUUCAAUUAUACUAAUCAUUGUUUAAAAUUUGAAAUGCAAUAUGUAUUAAAACUAUUAAUUUGAAAAACAUUGCUAUGAUUGCAUGCUUUCUAUCCUGAAACAAGAAUAGUAUAAUUUAUGUGCCCCGAAAGAUUCUGUAGUAUAGUAUAAGAAAGAGAUUUUAUGUAUAAAAGAUAUUAAAAUAAAAGUAAUUGCAA